AUGGUGAAGAUUGAUCAGCAAAUCCCUAUGGGAGUAGAAUCAUUGCGUACCGAGUUUCGGAACAUACUGAACAAACAAGUCGAAACUGUCAAGGCCAAUCACUUCACCGAUCGGAGCUCCACUGCUUUUUCCAGCACAAUCACUGAUAGUUUCAGCUUUGUGGAGUCUCUGGACUCUCAAAACAAUGAUCAGUUCAAUGAGCUCCGGAGAAUUGUCCAGGAUUUGGAUUCUCACGGCUAUAAUAUCGGAGAAUAUGUCGAAUUCUACAAGAGUUCCAGGAGGUUUAUACUUGAUGAGAAGUUCAGGGGCUUUGGAAUUGGAAAAUGUAGCAUUGAUGAUGUCAGAACUAUGGACUGGGAGAUGCUUGAUCCGAAGAUUAAGUCGUGGAAUAGAGCGGCUCGGUUGUGUUUUAAGCAAUUGUUUGUUAGGGAGAAGGUGUUGUAUGAGCAGAUUUUUGGGGGUUUGAGGUGUUUUGAGUAUGAUGAGGGCUUUUUAGGUAUUGUUUGUGAAUUUGCUUUGCAUUUGAUUCAUUUUGCACAGGGUAUUAGUUUUACUCAACCGUCGAUUAUGAAGUUGUUUGAGGUUUUAGAUGUGUAUGAAUCGUUGUCCAAUAGGGUAUUGCCCACUCUGAAUGCUGUUUUUGUUUCUAAUUUAUCUGAAUCUGUUUCUGUUUGUAAUAAGGCUGAUCAGACAAUUGAUUUGCUUGCUAAAUAUAUUAGGAAAGUGCUUCAGUUAUUUGAGUCUUCUGUGCUUCAGGAGAAGUCGAAUAUUAGUGGUUCUGGAGGAAUAAUUAAGUUAACUGAGUUUGCUAUGAGUUAUGUUACAAGCCUUGUGCAGCACAAGGAAGUGUUGGUCAAACUUAUUGUAUCUCAGCCGACAACAAGUAUGGAGAUUGAUGAUGAUUUGGUGUAUUUGGAGGUUGCUGGAAAAACUCCGUUUGAGCUCCAUGUGAUUUGGAUUAUCAGAAUUUUGAAGUAUAACUUGAAGGGCAAAUCUGAGUUCUACAAAGAAGUGCCUUUGCGUUUUUUGUUCAUGAUGAACAAUGUAAACUAUAUUGUUCAGAAAAUUAGAGGGCAUCCAGAGCUGCAAGAAAUUGUAGGAAGAGAAUAUAUCGACAGACUAAGCAGAUAUGUAUCAGAAGCUGCAGAUAGCUAUAAAACUGUAUCCUGGGGUGGAGUUCUGCAUUGUUUAAGAGAUGAAAGUCUACAGAAAAGGUCUCUUUGUACCUUCUGGUUGUCAAAAUCUACAUUAAAAAACAGGCUCAAAAGUUUUAAUGCUGCAUUUAAUGGAGUUUGUCAAGAUCAAUCCACUUGGGUAGUCCAGGAUGCAGAGCUUCGAGGGGAAGUCCAUAGGUCAAUACUUGAUGAGCUGACUCCUGCCUACAAUUCCUUUUUAGGGCAAAACAGGAGCCUUUCUGGCAACCCAGUGAGACACAUCAGAUACACGGUCAAUGACCUGGAAGGUACAGUUCAUAAUCUUUUCGUGCAACGAUAG